AUGCAUAUUGCGAGCUGUCGGAGGUUUUCGUUUUUAACCGACCUUCAAAAUGUGAAAAGAUGGAAGUCGUACUUCGUACGUCCGUCCACAUUCCACAAAUUACAAGCGCUAGGCAACCUAAUCCAAGAAUUGGAUCUAGACUAUUUCAGUCAUGCAUCUGUGCACCAUGAAGGCAUCGUUAUAGUAGAUCCCACGAAACAAGAGACCUUUUUGGAGAAUCUCGAAGAUUUGAACAUUGACUAUCGGAUACACGCGAAUGAUGUUAAAAGUCAACUUUUAGAAGAUGAACAUAAAAUGAUGAAAACGAAUGCAACCUCGCGGAUUGAUAGUCUUAUACCGUAUCACAGAUACCUCGCCACAGCUGAAAUCGAAUGGUACAUGGAUGAAAUAGCCCGCACCUAUCCACACAUAGCCAAACUGGAAAUACCCUCAAAUUCGUUUCGCGGUCGCCAAAUCAGGAUGCUCAAGAUAUCUACCACAAAUUUCGAGGAUAGAAGGAAACCCAUCAUAUUCAUAGAUGGCGGUUUCCAUGGUAGAGAGUGGUUAUCCAUACCACCUGUGACGUAUGCCAUUCAUAAAUUAGUGGAGGAUAUUACAGAACCUGACCUUUUGGACAAAUUCGAUUGGAUUCUGAUGCCCAUGGUCAAUCCAGAUGGCUAUCAUCACUCGUAUACCAUGAACGCAGCCUGGCACAAGAACCGUUCAAACGACAACACACCACUCAGCCCGGUCUGCAUCGGCGUUGACAUCGACAGAAACUUUGAUUUCUUCUGGAACACCGUCGGCACCAGCAAUGAGCCCUGCUCCUUCGUGUACCCUGGCAACAGAACCUUCUCUGAAGUAGAAGCGCGAAUGCUUCGGAAUGUAUUCCACCAGCACCUCAACAGACUCAAGAUGUACAUCUCCAUCCAUACCUUUGGUUCCAUGAUCCUGUACCCCUGGGGUCACGACGGUUCCUUAUCGAACCAAGCGCUUGGUCUGCAUGCGGUUGGAGUGGCCAUGGCAGAUGCAAUGAACAAAUAUGCAACUGGUAUGUUCCCCUUGGGGUAUUCCGUUGGUAACGAAGCUCUUACCCGAGGCUUCAGAGCGUCAGGGAUGGCGACAGAUUACGCGCACAAGAUCGGCGUUCCUCUAACCUUUAAAAUCGAACUGCACGGUUUCUACGGAGGGUUUUUCAUGGACCCUGCAUAUAUUGACCCAGUUGUGCGAGAGACGUGGGAGGGCAUAGUUGCUGGUGCUAGACGUGCUGCUACAAUUUAG